UACUGGCGCCACGGAACCCAGCACCAGCCGCGGCUGCAGACAUGGCCGACACCAAGCUGCGAGCCGCCCCAUGGCUCCUGACCGUCAGCUGGCUGCUGUUAGUGGGUGGCAGUGGUGCCAACAUAACGGAGCCGGCAUCUCUCAGCGUGGUCAGCAUGCACACUGGGGACCAGCCGCUCUUCACAAGCUUGGUCGUGCACACCCCUGGAGCGGAGGGCUCCGCGACAGUUGGCAGCCCUGACGAGUUGCAGCGCGUGUCUCAGACGCAGCACUGGCCUUACACUGCCAGUAUGAGUCCGACGCACGUCGUGGGGAACACUGUAGAACCACCAGACAGCGCCCUCCAGAGCAGCCACUACCAGCAGCAGCCACAACAGCAACAGGCUUCACUGCAGCAGCAGCUGCUGGAGAACCAGAGGAGGCGGCUGCAAUUGCAGCUGAAGCAGGUGCAGCAGCAGCUGCAGCAACACCAGCAGGAGCAGCUGCAGCAGGAACAGCUGCACACGUCGCAUCAGCAGCCCGGGAGCCAAGCACUGCCUGCUGUGUCAACGACCACAACACAGCAGGUGCAGGUGACGAAACUGGCCACUCCGCUUCCACAGCUGUUCCACAGUCACGUUCCACCUGAGUCACAUUCGACCGCAGUCAGUGUAGUGAAUCCUCCUGAGAUCUCCACAUCCACCACUGCCCCAAAAACCACGCCUGCCGUGUCUUCGACUGCAGCCACUGACCCACAGCAUUUGCGUGAUCAACAUCAGCGGCAGAUGCAGGCGUUGUACCACCAGAUGAGGCACCUGCCUCCGGAGUACACUCAGAUUCUGCGAGAUCAGCUGCAGGAGAAACAACUGCAACAGCAACAGCAGCUGCAACAACAGCAGCUGCAAAAGCAACAGCUGCAACAACAGAGACGGCAGCAGCAGCAGCAGAGGCAGGAGCAACAGCAGAAGCAGCGACAGCAGCAGGAGCAGCAGCAGAAACAGCAGCAGCUACAACAACAACAACAACAACAACAACAACAUAAGCAGCAUCAGCAGCAGCAUCAGCAGCAGCAUCAGCAGGAGCUACAGGCAUCAUCCACUGCAUACACGUCUGUAAGGGCCGUUGGCAGCCCAUACCGCUGGGCAGACAUGGGCUCCGGUGUCGAAAUCUCCAGCAAUGCUAUUGAUGAUGGAAUCGUUGUGCAGAGGAGCACACCCCCGCCAAUCAGCAGCUUGCUACUGACGCGAGGAAACGCCCUGUUCUUCCUUAAUGACGUCGGCGGCUCAUCCAGCCCGAGAGACCAGCUGCAGGCUCCUGCUGAGGUCGGCAGCGCCGGUGCUGGCCGUGACGCCUUCGACCACGCUAAGGCUCUCGGGAACAGCGACACUUUCCACCAGAGUGACGCCAUGCCUGCAACAACGCCAGUGGCCACUACACCACCCCCAGCGCCUUCACUGACCUCGCCGCCUGCGUCUCCUCUUCAGAGCAUGCCCUACCGACAGCAGCUGCAGAAACCUCACAGCUGGCCUCCACAACCAGUGGCAUCCCAGCAGCACCGUGAAUCACAGCAUCUGCAGCUGCAGAGCUCCAACUCAGGGCCUCGACAGCCACAAGCCUCCCAGUCCACAGAGCAGCAGCUGCAGCUACAGCAGCUGAAGAAACCCCACAGUUCUCCAAGGGAGUCACCACAGCCACAGACCACAGGACAGCAGCAGCAGGGACAGAAGCUGCGUGUCAAGCAGAAGCACCGUAGCAACAGACAUCGGCACAACAAGCAACGUCCAUCAUCUCCUGACCACACCUCUGUGUCUUCUGGGACAGACUUUGCAAAUGGUUCAGGAGGUGCCGGGGUGCCUCCACCGCCAACCUUGCCGCCGCUGGGCGGACGCUGGGACGUGUCCACGCAGCAGCUGUCCACGCAGCAGCUGCCCCCGCAGCUGGGGGUGCACGCCGGCUCCUUCGUAGCGCAGCUGCCACUCACGCCGGGCGGCGGCCCAGACGCCGCAACUGUGCCGGCGCUGGUGAUUCCCAUAACGCCACUCCAGGCAGCGGCCUCCCCGUCACUGCUACUCCAGCUGCAGCAGCAGCAGCAGCAGCUACCAUGGGGGCAGCAGCUGCAGCCCCUGGCCAUAGCUGGACAGCAUGCACUGCCGUUGCUGAGCUAUUUUCCCCAGUCGAACUCUGGAUUACACUUUCCGAGCACAGUAGCAGUCGCACCUUUCGGCAAUAAUUUGAAAAGUCCUGAGGAAGAACGGCCUCUGGUCACCGGCAGCCCUCAGCCUCCUCAAGAGCGGAAACAGCCGAAAGAGCAGCAACGACAACACCAGCGGCAGCAGCAGCAACAGCGGCAGUAUCAACAGCAACAAGCUAACUACAGCCAGAACACGCAGAGAAUCCAGCAGAUCCCCCCACAGGAAGAGCGGCUGGUGACAGCGGCUCCACAGUUCGCGUCUUCGCCGUACCUGUCCAGCUCGAGUGCUCUCCAGACGAGGCCACCUGCCGCCGCCGCCCAGGCACAAACCCGGACCCCCCAGCCGUAUCACCAGGCGGCGGCACAGCACGCCACAGCCGAGGCGCCGCACCCCUCAGUCAGGGAGCCACCCGCCUACCCCCACCACGAGUACCAGGACCAACAGCCGGCCCUGGGUCCACAGCAUCAGUCGCCGGUGAGCGCCAUCCUCACAGCUCCUGCUCAUGCCGCUGUCUACAGCCCAGCAGUCAGCUCCGUCACCACAGCACCUGUUCACCCCGCGCACACCUACCUACAGACGGUGGCUGCCGCUGCACUGCAACAGCAGCCAAGUGUGGUUCCUCAGACCCUGCACCAACAGCUGUAUCACGACAGCCCAUUGCACAGUGGAGUAGUUGUCUUCCCAGAAGAGGCCAGGCAGCAGCUUUACCAGCAGAUUACUACUCCAGUGCCGCCUAUAUCGAGGCCAAAUCCCCAUCACCAUGGCCCGCUCCACAACGGCGCUAUUCUUGUGUCACACGUCCCUAGACAACACGAACACCAGCAGAGUCAAGUGUACUACAAUGGUGGUAUACUGCUACCAGAAGUCUUGAGGAAAUACUUGUAUCCCAACCAGGUCCACAGUAUUGCUCCUCUAAACACAAAUUCACCCAGAGAUCACUACCAUCAGCAGAAUUUAGUACAGCACAGUGCUAAUCUGGGACCGAUUCCGCUGAGACAACAGCCCUACCACCACAUUCAAGUACAGGGCAGUGCUACGCAGUUAUCAGAUGUGCCGAGACCGCAACCGUAUCAGCAGGGAAAUGUGCACCACAUUGCAACUCUGGGAUCAGAUAUACUGCGACUGCAACCACAUCAGCAAGGUCCUCUAAACAAUGGCGCUGCUACGAGGCAGCAUCCACAGCAGUUGAGUCCAGUCAACAGUGGCGUGCGGUCUGCCGUCCCAAACAGUGCUGCAGCCUCCAGUGGACGAGUAGUCGUCUCAGUGGAACCGGCAAUAGUCAAGUCACUGUCCUACCAGCAAACAGCAGUAGUUCCAGAACAAAAGCCAUCACUACAGAGUUCUGGCACUUCAUCAUCAGUCUACCAAUCGACUGGUGGUCAACAUAUGCAAAUGAUCACUGCAGUGCCGUCUCAGUCAACAAUUCUACUACCAGUAGCAUCAAACGUCCACCACACUUCUCCACAUCUUGCGACAACAUACGUGCGUCCCCUACAAACGAGCAACAAUGUGGUCCACGAGCCUCAACACAUGAUGAGUGACAAUGGUUUCAGGAUCAGCCAUGACAAACACGCUGCAAUGCGGGGUUAUACUGGAGCGUCUCCAGUGAGUGUCAUCUACAGAAGCAGCAUCGGUGUGACGUCACCCAACAACAGGGCGCCCCACCAGGAUGGAGCUGGAAGACCACAGAGGCACAACAAUGACCUGCAAACAGCACUCGAGGUUGACCUCAGACCUCCACCACCUAUAAUGCUGUGACAGUAUCGGUUAGGAACCGUAUGGUAGUAGCUCCUAGAGCUGUCGCUACACAAACUGUAUUUUUAGUUCACUUUGUCCUGCAGACGAACAAUGACACCAGUUUUCCACGAAUUCCGAAAUCAGGAAAGUCUACCAUUCUUAUAUUUAUUCCAUCUAAAAUCUCUGUUAUAAAUGUCAGAAAUUUCGUCAAUUCUACAUAAGCGACAAGAAGCAGCAAAUGACAUUCUUAGUUCGCAUUCAAUGAAAACUGCAGGACAUCGAAGUGUCAGAGUGCCGAACAAUAUUCUUGUCUCUAGUCAAACUGUCUCCGUAGCUUGGUUUCCCUUUCCUGAUUUUAGUAAUUUAUCUGCUAUGAUGUAUUCAUCACGUGUAGAAGUGUAAGUGUUGUUAAGUUUUGUUGUUUUGUAAUAAAACUGUUUUGUUUUA